AAGAGGAGGUCGUGGAUGGAGACGAGACGAGAAGGAAGCGACGGGCUCCAUCACGAUUUGGGCCGAAACAAGGCCCAGUUCAAGCCCAACCCCAACCAGCCGGCCCAGACUGCAGCAUACAAGUACUUACUAACUAGAAGCAGCAGCAGCAGCAGCAGAAGCAGAACAGAAGAAGAAACCCUAGAUCUCCUCCUCCUCUCCAUGCCGCCGUCUUCGGCCCUCGGCAAGCGCGACGGCGGGGACGGCUUCCUGGCCGCCCUCUCCCGGUCGCAGGUGGCGGCGCACGGUCGCGAGGCGGCCACCAUGGCCAAGAAGCUGCUGCGGAGCACGGGCAAGGCGGCGUGGAUCGCGGGCACCACCUUCCUGGUGCUCGUGGUGCCGCUCAUCAUCGAGAUGGAUCGGGAGCAGCAGCUCAACGACCUCGAGCUGCAGCAGCAGACGCUCCUGGGAGGCCCUCCGCCGCCGCCGCCGAUCAAGUAGAUUGUAAGAAUGCUACUCUACUAGCAUGCAACAACAACUCUAGUUCAGUUCGGUUUGCCUUCCUUCCAUGAGAUUUCAGUUCGGGUAAUAUUAAUCAAUUGUGCCUGCUUUCCUUGUGUUUGUCAGCACUACACUAUAAUAGUUGGUAUGCCUGCGAUUGAAUCUGAAUAAUUAAUUCAGUAUC